AUCCAAUUGCACUGGCAGUGCAAAGUGCGAAUGACCACUGUCACCAACGUUAACGUUUACAUAAAACUGAGAGUAUCAGACGCACUGCCAGUGGUACUAGACUACCGUCCCACUCAAACUUUGAUGACCACCGACCUGUAGCUUCACUCGACAAUACUCUUUCGAGUGACUCCGUCGCAAAGACACUCCGGGACUACGAACAUGACGAGCUGGGACCCAACUGCGACUAAAGUCUUACUACGAUCGACAUCGCAGCGUCUUGGACAAAUUCAAGAGAGAAUAGACUCUCAAGGGCAAAUCACCCGACGCGACAUUGCAACAUUAUUGCAACAAAAUAAUACUGCUCUUGCACGCGCCAAGGCACAGAAUCUGAUACAAGAUGAUGCGAUGGGCGACUUAUUGGAAGUGGUGGAAAUGCACGUUAGCAUGGUCAUUGAGCAUCUUGGCGAGUUGGAAGAAGGGCGUUCACCGAGCCCCAUCCUUACAGAGGCUGCAGCCUCCAUCAUAGCUGCAGCUUCCAGUGUUAAUAUUAAAGAACUCGACGUCGUUCGGGAUAUGUUAUUUCAGCGCAUGCAUCAUCAUUUCUUUAGCUCAUCUAAUAGCCUUGAAAAAUACGUUCCUUUACGUGUCAUGCAAUUAUUACACCCUCCAACACCUUCUGCGUCCAAGAUGAAUGACUGCCUGACCAAUGUAUCAAAUGUGUAUCGUGUAAAUUGGACUGCAGACCCUCCCAGGCAGGAUAUCCUGGAUGACAUCUCCGAAAUUUUGGAUUCGCAAGGUUCGCCUAUUGUUGAUCUACCUCGUCUGCGGAGGCUAUGUUCGCAAGGAUUACCCGAUGAACCUCCAUGGCUUAGGCCUAGGAUAUGGAAGCUUUUACUGGGAACAGUUCCGGUUUUGAAGUCAACAUGGCCAAAAGAAAAUCGGAAACUACGAGACAGUUAUUAUGAUCUCGUUCGCCGUCUGUUGUCACCAUUUUCAGACAUGCCAGCACCAACGAAGCCGCUGAGCAGCAUAGAUACGACGCUAAUGAAAAUAUCCGAAUCCCUAUUUCGUCUUCCCUUUGGACUCUUCGACACGCUUGAGAGUGGCCCGAACUGUUCAACUAUGUCUCCAUUAGAUGAAAAUGCUGAUGAAACUGAAAGGAUUGGGUGUGCUCAUCUUCUUGAUGCACGACUGCUGGUCCUUCGCGGACAAAUUUCCGCAUCGAAACCCACAGGUAUUCCCGAAAUUCGGCUAGAGCCCGACGCUGGCGCGCCCGAGCUCUCACCAUUACCGAGCUCGACUUCCAUUGCAUCCCGCAGACCAGGGGCACCCACCACACUAUUACAUGCUGGGCCGUUCGGUGGUCCCAGCGCCCAUCCACAACACAUUUCAGCCCUCCUCCGUCUACUAUAUCUGCAUUCAUGUAUAAAUCCCGCGAACCAAUCUCCAGACAUUCCUUCCUUGCUUGUACCGUUGUAUGCUGUUCUUGUCAGGGAGGUGGAACCAGAAGAUUUAGCCCACGCUGAAGCAGACACAUUCUGGUUAUUUGAAGCUCUUGUUGGGGAGUUUUCCGAACUGGCAGACCAGGAGGGUGGCAAAGUUUGGAUGAAGAAAUUCAGCGAUCGAUUGGCACAAGCCGACGGAGACCUUGCUUCGAGUUUGCACGCCAAAGGCUUGGAUCCUGUGCUUCCACAUUACUCCUAUCGCUGGCUUGCACCUCUCUUGUCGCAAACCCUUCCUCUUACCUCACUCCUACCUGUAUGGGAUGUGCUCUUCUCGUACCCAAUGAGAACUCGAGACGAGAACCAUAAACUGGACGCCCUCGUUGAUAUCUGCACAAGUCUUCUGAUCCGUGCGCGCGCGCCGCUCUUUCGACUCGCAAAGCCUGGAGGUAAGUCUCCGGGACUGUGGGCUGAAGAGCAUGCUACCAUCCGUCCUUCUUCUCCGCUUCGACCAUGGGAGCUCAGCGAUGCUUUUCUCGAGGGCAUCACUCUAUUGCAAUCUUAUCCGAUUGAUGCAGCUGGCGGUAUCGAUCGAGUCUUGCAAACUGCAAACGAUUUGGCCCAGAGGCGCAUCGAGGAGAAUAGAGUUUUGAAGUCGGAUAAUGUUACACUCGGUGCUCGGAUCAAAGCUACCAUGUGGAAGGGGUUUACAAACCAAGUCGCUGAUGCUGAUGGUGUGGAAGAGGAGGAGGAUGAGGAGGACGAAGAAUCGAGCUCUGAUGAAGAGGACUCCCACGAAGAUGGCAAUGAGACGGAAACACCGGCUGCUCCAACUCUGACCUCCCGUCUUGCGAAUUCGGUGUGGAGAGGGAUUACCAACCAAAGCUCUAUGGACAAUUCACCAUCUCCACCGUCACCAACUUCCCCGCUACAAUCACAGUCACCGACACCGCCGCCCCCUCAGAGUCCUCCAGAGCAAAUCGCCUCGAAUUUACCACUUACCCCACCGCCUUCAAGUAUUUGGGGUUAUGCUGGAAAACUCAAAGAUUCGGACACUGUUGCGGCUUUCACGAAAGUUAGCACGAAUUGGCGCGCAAGAGCGAUGGAUGCAUGGGGCAGUCGACGCGGAAGCUUGACGCCGAACGAAGGUGUAUCGUCACCAACGAUCGCGAAAUCUGAGUUACCACCCCCUGUCCCAGACAAGUGGUCACCACAGAACGAUGGUGCUAGCAAUUCUAGAUAUGGGGAUAGAGGGGGCUCGCUUCCUAGUAGCAGUCGAGGGACUUCUUUUGAAGAACCCCCUCGCCCCGCAUUCUUUCGAUCGCCACGAGACAGCUUUUUGCCAUUACCGCGCAGAGGAACUUAUACCACCCCUCCGAGCCCAGAAGUCCAGCCUCAGCAGGAAGAUAACUUCAUGCAUAAGGCGCAGGCCUCUCUGGCGUCUUUGGCUGCUCUAAACUCACUUACAACAGCCUCGCGUACAGUAGCCUCGCGUCCAGCAACCCCGCCACACCCUCCCAGGGGUGCACCACGUCCUCUUCUACUCAAUUCAAGCUCCUUGAUCACCGCGAAACCUCCGUUGUCCGCACACUCAGACGGCGGGAUGCCAGUUAAACGACAUGGUGAUUGGGUAGACGUCACGCGCAGCAAAGGACACGGACUGCGCACGGAUUCGGUGUCUUCGGUUUCAUCGAUGUCGCCUUCCGAUGCCCUCGGCAGACCAUACUCGAAGCCAAGCAUAGGCUCCAGAUCUGACAUCGAAUCCGAUGGCAGAAGUCGAAAAGUGGCGUUGAACCGCAAGUCGAUAUCACCAAUGGCACCCGCGUCCCGUGCACUGCGAGGUCCUUGUGCAACUUCUCCUUUAGGCGUGGCUGAUGCAACGACGCGCGAUCCAUUAAUUAGAACCUAUGCCAGGUCUGCUGCUGAAGACAGUUCAUCUGACAGGGGCUGGCGUAGCUAUCCCCCCGCUGAUUCACCCACAACGGUGUCAUCUCCCCCUAUUCCUCCAACACCUAUCACCGCGGUUCAUGUCGAGACAGGGAAGGUGCGGGUGAAUGGUGAAAGCCGGGAGAGCUCCUUUAGCGAAGAUAGCAUUCCCCUGAGGCCACCCACACCAAGCAAGGCUUUACUACGAAAAAAGACACCACCACCUCUACGAGAAGAUACGGACAAUUCUGACACGCUGGCCAGGACACCCUCCAGGAAUCCUCAUGUGCGCUCAAAGCGUCACCUUCCAAAACUACCCAGCCUGCGAACUCGGGACAGCAACCUUCGGCCUGUUUCUGCGGCUGAGCACAAGAACGUCAGCCCCAAUACGCUUGCCCCUCCUGAGUGGCUCGAGGAUCAAGAGAUGGCCAUGACACCUCGUGCUCCUGAAUUCGGUUCCAACGACCCUGCGUCAGCGUCCACGAUUUUUGCGUCGCAUUCUCCACGUCCUAGGCGGAAGACGUCUGGGGAUACGUUGGGGCGUUCGCGAAAAACAUCAGGGGAAUCGGUUGUCCGGCUUAGUAGAUAUUCCUUCGCUGAAGCGCGGGAAACUAGAGAUAGCGCUGCAGAAGAAGGGGACGACGAAGGCUACGAUGACAUUCUGAGUGCAUAUGAGAGUGAGGAAGGCAGUAAGGAGUAGAUAUCCUCAUGGCUGUUCCUGCUAGCGGUGUACCAGCUAAUGCGAUAGACUAUGAGAAAUAGACCCAGAACGCUGCGUGAUGGAAAGAAUUGUUUUUGAUCGACAAAAUAGA